CUGAUUCUCACGACGGCGUGCGCACAGAGUUUGGUGCUGGGCCGGGAUUGUGGUUUUUGCUGAAGGUUAGCCUAUCUUCCACCUGGGUGACUAGUGUGGCGCGACGUGCGUUUGAAGCUUGAGCGUGUGUGUUUUCCGAGUGUAGCAAGCCAGUGGGUGCAGUUUUUGAGGACGACCUACCGACCGGUUCGAGCGAUCAUUGCUUUUCAUUUGCUCCCUCCAGUUCAGGCCAAAGCAGUGUUCCGCAAUUUCAACAUUCCCGUCAUCCUGUCUGCGAUGGAGCUGUUCGCCCGGUCGUGCGUGUGCGACUUAGGCAGUGUCGUCGACUUGUACAUAGAUUCCCGGAACUUCAUCGCAGUGGUGCCUUCCCCUGCCGCCGGUUAUACGCCGUACAGGCCGGUUGUGGUCGGGUACUGUCAGGAUUGGAAAAAUUGCGGCUGGUCGGCAUACUUCGGGCGCUUCCUGCGGGGCACCGUGCCGGACGCAUCGCUGUUGCGUGCGUACCUCCACGAACAGCGCCCGUUUUUGCCGCGCGAGGUGCCCAAACUCUCCGCCGACUACGUGCAGAUCGACAGUGCGUACCGGACGGCCCGGCUCGCUACGACCGACGGCAAGCAGGUCGUGGUGAAGGGGGUGCUCGUCGUCAACUUGCAGUGGCUGCGGGACGGCCUUCCGAUCGCGGCCCUGUCGGCGGAGCGCAUCUUGUGCAACGUGUACGAGCUAGCGAAUAUGGCCUGGCCCCAACUUCCGGGCGAAAACCUCUACGUGCGGUGCAUGCUCAUACCGCAGGGCAUCGCGGUGUGGCCUAUGACGGACGAGGAAUAAGCCAUUUUUGAUCCGCAUGAGGUGGAUCCAUAACCGGUUGGCUGAUAGGUCCCCGGUCUAACGAAGAAAAACACAUUUUUUUUGUCAAAAUUCGUUUUUAUUAUUCAACAUAGUUCCCUUCAAGAGCGAUACAACGAUUAUAACGACCUUCCAAUUUUUAUCGUUUCCAUAAAGGAUAACCGAGCGAAUCAAUGUGCGAUAUAUCUCACAUUUCGCGCGGGCUCGAAGCCUUUUGGAUGUCAGCAAUUUCUCCGUAAUUCUCCUGCACAAUGCGUCUCCGGAUUUCGCUGCUUAUGUCGUUGUCCGAAAUAACGACCGUCUGGAGAUAGCAGAACUCCUUUACUACCUCGAAAUUGUCGCUGUCAACUAAUAUACUCCUUCCCAGAUGGUCUGAGUAUCCUGCAAGCAGGUACUUCGUCUUCGUCGCAUUGAUUCUCAAUCCAAUUCUUGCUGCUUCGCGUUGAGGAUCGUGCCAGGGAUGUCGUUCUCUAGCCCCGCGCUUCGAAGGGCGAUGUUGAAGAGCAGACAGGAGAGUUCGUCACAUUCCUUCAGACCGCUGUGAGAUUCGAAUUCCGACAUCAAGUUCGACACUCUCACCUAGUACUGCACCGCGCUCGUAGUGGCCUCUAACAGCCGGAUCAUCUUCCCAGGAAAGUGAUACCGCCUUGGCUGAUUCCUGCGUUGCACAUGGUUCGUUGACCUGCGGAAUCAGUAAAUGGAUCGGAACAGGAACUGUAUCGGUUCCAGGACCGUUACAGGUUCAUGUUUCGUUCCGGAUCCGUAAAAGGAUUCGAUUAGUUACAAGCGAGAAUUAAAUUGUGUUUUAACGUCGGGUAUGACUUCGUUAACGUUUUCAGUAUCAGUUACUGGUCCGGUAUAGGUUCGUAAUCAGUUCCAGGUUAGGUAUGGGUUCGAGAUCAGUUCCACGACCGAUGUGAGCUCAGUAUCAGUUCCAGGACCACUGGGGAUUCAUUAUCAAUUCCAGGACCGAUAUGAGUUAAGUAUCAGUUCCAGGUCCGGUAUGGGUUCGAGAUCAGUUCCAGGUCAGGUAUGGGUUGGAGAUCAGCUCCACGACCGAUGUGAGUUCAGCAUCAGUUCCAGGUCCGGUAUGGGUUCGUGAUCAGUUCCAGGAUCGAUGUGGAUUCAGUAUCAGUUCCAGGAUCGGUGUGAGUUCAGUAUCAGUUCCAGGUCCGGUAUGGGUUCGUGAUCAGUUCCAGGAUCGAUGUGAAUUCAGUAUCAGUUCCAGGAUCGGUGUGAGUUCAGUAUCAAUUCCAGGUCCGGUAUGGGUUCGUGAUCAGUUCCAGGAUCGAUAUGGAUUCAGUAUCAGUUCCAGGAUCGGUGUGAGUUCAGUAUCAAUUCCAGGUCCGGUAUGGGGUCGUGAUCAGUUCCAGGAUCGAUAUGGAUUCAGUAUCAGUUCCAGGAUCGGUGUGAGUUCAGUAUCAAUUCCAGGUCCGGUAUGGGUUCAUGAUCAGUUCCAGGAUCGAUGUGAAUUCAGUAUCAGUUCCAGGACCGAUGUUAGUUGAGUAUCAGUUCCAGGACCGGUAUGGGUUCGAGAUCAGUUCCAGGUCAGGUAUGGGUUGGAGAUCAGCUCCACGACCGAUGUGAGUUCAGCAUCAGUUCCAGGUCCGGUAUGGGUUCGUGAUCAGUUCCAGGAUCGAUGUGGAUUCAGUAUCAGUUCCAGGAUCGGUGUGAGUUCAGUAUCAGUUCCAGGUCCGGUAUGGGUUCGUGAUCAGUUCCAGGAUCGAUGUGAAUUCAGUAUCAGUUCCAGGAUCGGUGUGAGUUCAGUAUCAAUUCCAGGUCCGGUAUGGGUUCGUGAUCAGUUCCAGGAUCGAUAUGGAUUCAGUAUCAGUUCCAGGAUCGGUGUGAGUUCAGUAUCAAUUCCAGGUCCGGUAUGGGGUCGUGAUCAGUUCCAGGAUCGAUAUGGAUUCAGUAUCAGUUCCAGGAUCGGUGUGAGUUCAGUAUCAAUUCCAGGUCCGGUAUGGGUUCAUGAUCAGUUCCAGGAUCGAUGUGAAUUCAGUAUCAGUUCCAGGACCGAUGUUAGUUGAGUAUCAGUUCCAGGACCGGUAUGGGUUCGAGAUCAGUUCCAGGUCAGGUAUGGGUUGGAGAUCAGCUCCACGACCGAUGUGAGUUCAGCAUCAGUUCCAGGUCCGGUAUGGGUUCGUGAUCAGUUCCAGGAUCGAUGUGGAUUCAGUAUCAGUUCCAGGAUCGGUGUGAGUUCAGUAUCAGUUCCAGGUCCGGUAUGGGUUCGUGAUCAGUUCCAGGAUCGAUGUGGAUUCAGUAUCAGUUCCAGGAUCGGUGUGAGUUCGGUAUCAAUUCCAGGUCCGGUAUGGGUUCAUGAUCAGUUCCAGGAUCGAUGUGAAUUCAGUAUCAGUUCCAGGAUCGGUGUGAGUUCAGUAUCAAUUCCAGGUCCGGUAUGGGUUCGUGAUCAGUUCCAGGAUCGAUAUGGAUUCAGUAUCAGUUCCAGGAUCGGUGUGAGUUCAGUAUCAAUUCCAGAUCCGGUAUGGGGUCGUGAUCAGUUCCAGGAU